AUGGAUGUACGGAGGAGGAGGUCGGAGCCCCAACCUGCUGAGGGUGCUGAAGGGCCCGAUCAUGGAUCCCAAGAGGGAGCCGAUUCCAAAGCCCGCGAAGGUGAUGGAAGAAGAUUGAUGGCGAUUGAAGACGCCGCUGAUGCUGCCCGAAAAGGUGAAGCCAAGGAGGACGCCCAGACGGGAGCAAGAUUGAAAGAUUUCCCAAAGGGUGAAGCCAAGGAGGACGCCCAGCUGGGAGUAAGAACUGCUGCCCGAACAGGUGAAGCCAAGGAGGACGCCCAGACGGGAGCAAGACCAAAAGAUUUCCCGGGUGAAGCCACAGAGGACGCCCAAAAGGGAGUUGAUGAAGGAGCCUCGAGGACGACAGAAGCCCCGAGGACUGGCGGGAGUGUGGUGCCAAAUGGAGGAGAGGGUGUUGGGGGUGGGGAGACGCCAGGGAGGUCGUUUUUCACACCAACGGCAAGGGGAGGGAAGGUCACAGAGACCCCCAAAGAAGUAGCAGUCAUGGGACCAAGGGGGAAGCCUCAGUCCUUUGGGCCGCUGUUCACCCCUGAGCAAGCAGCCAAGAUGGAUGCGCUGCGAGCCCAAGCCCCACUUCUGGACACAGCACGAGCCAGAAGAGAAUGUGAAGAGGCUGCAAGGCCGAAGUUCCUGGAGGACGCACAGAGCAUCCCCAGGGUUGAGAAGUUCCUGGAGGAAUCACAGAGCAUCCCCAGGGUUGAGGAGAUGAAGUCCUACGAGCGAGAACUCGAUAGGAUGCAUGGCUUCAUGGAUGAUGUGAAGCUUCGAAUGGCAGAGCAGCAGGAAGAGAAGACCUUGCUGCAGAAGAUGUUGUUUGAGACCGCUGAGAACGAAGCUCACUGGCGCUCAGAGAAUGCCGAGCUUCGCAGGGUGGUUGAAGAGUUGAGGAGGCUGAGACCCCCAGAAGACGAAAGGAGGCUGAGACCCCCAACUGAGGGAAGAAGGCCGACGCCCCCACCAGGAGUUGAUGUUGAGGACAGGUGGAUGAAGACACCGUGUCCGCCCCAUGAGAUCGCCAUCCACACGCCGCCUUCACCCCCGGAAGAUCCCUUCGCCACGCCAGAGGAGCCCAGAAGUGAGGAGGUCAAGACCGGAGGCAGAGAUGGAGGAGCGGGUGGUGGAAUUAAGGAUGAGGAGAGAGAGAUGUCCAUGAAGGCACUCUUGGCAAUGAUGAGGAACAUGCAGGAGAUUCAGAAGAAGAUGCUCGAGAGAGAGCUGAAGGAUAAGGAUGAGGAGAAGGGAUUGGCAGGAGGUGUGGAAUGGGUGCGAGGACAGCCAGAACUGCCUCGUCUCCCACCAUGGCAUCAUGUCAAUGCCCCCAUUGACCUGAAUGACUGGCUGUCGUUGGUGGACCCCGUGAUGUCAGACCUCACCGCGACGAGCCUGAAGUGGUGGCAGCUGCUGGUCCAAGAAGCCCAGGCAUGGUAUGCCACCCACCAACAGAUGUCCCCGAUGGAAAGGAUCCAUCAUGAAGCCCUUCCCAGCAAAGAGCUGGAAGACCCAAGAUGGACGCGGCUUGAGCGCCGUGCAAGUAUGAUGAUGCUGCAGGCGGUGCCAGAGGCACAACGUGAGGAGAUGGUGAGCGCCAAACGCCUGACAGUGAUGAAGGUGUUGUGUCACCUGCUGGUGACAUAUCAGCCAGGAGGAUUGGCUGAGAAGGAAGUCAUCCUCUCCAAUCUGGAGAACCCGCCUGAAGCACAGACGGUGCCAGACGCACUGCAAGGGCUCCGGAAGUGGAUGAGAUGGAGAAGAAGAGCAGGUGAGUUGGCUGUGUCCGAGCCGGACCCGUUCAUCUUGCUAAAGGGGCUUGGCAAGGUGGUCAAGAAGAGCCUCGAGAUGAACAAGGAGCUGAGCUUCAGAGUGAGCCUGGCAAGGAACAACCUUCAGGUUGACAGCAACCCCACAUCCAAGUCGGUUGGUGCAUUUGCAACGCACCUGAUGGCCGAGUUAGAGCAGAUAGCACACCUUGACCCCCACACCGGCAUGCCCAAGAAGGCAACCCCCCCGAGAGAGCAGAACCCCCUGAAGCAGGAGCCCAGGCUGAAGAAGCUCGAAGGGAAGGAGGCUGGUGGAGGAUACAAAGGAGAUGGGAAAGGCAAGGAUGCCAGACCCGGAGACGUUUGCCGUUUCUUCCUGACGGAGCACGGCUGUAAGAAGGGCAAAGAUUGCCAAUGGCAGCACCAGGUUGAUGACCAGAAGAGGUGCUGGAACUGCGGUGGAAAAGACCACUUCGCAGAUAAGUGCCCAAGACCUUCGUUCAGAAAUCCCGAAGGGCAGAAGGAGUCCAAGGGUGAAGGAAAGGGUGCACGAAGCUUGAAGAAGAAAGAUGAAGAUUCCCCAGAUGGGAAGAAAGAGAAAGAAGAAGAGAAGCCAAAGAGAGAAGAUCAAGAUGCCGAGAGUGGCAAAGGACAGGUGAUCAAGGAGUUGAUGGAAGAAGCCAACAGGAUGCUCAGAAAGAUCACCAAAGAAGCAGACAGCAACAAGGAGACGAAGAUUGACCAGCUCCAGAAGCAGCUGGAUGAGCUGAAGUCCGUCAAGGUCCUCAGACUGGCAAGGCUUCAAGAAGGAGGUGCCAGAGGCCUUUUGGACUCAGGCGCAACUCACCCAUUGAGGGGGAGGCGCGAAGGAGAGAAGAUGAAGGGCUACAAGGAGGUGACAGUCUCCCUAGCCGGAGGAAAGGAGGCCACACUCCAUGUGACCAAGGAAGGCAUCAUGGUGGCCAAGAACCCAGGCACAGAGCCGAUCGUGCCAAUGGGGAUGGUGGUAGAUCUUCUGGGAUGUAGGGUUUCCUGGGAUGAAGAUGAAGUCCGUGUGACACAUCCCAAGAAGGGGAAACUGGAGGUGGUUCUUCGUGGAGGAUGCCCUGAAGUUUCAAGAGACGACGCCCUGAUGCUCAUCGAGGAGAUCGAGGAGAAGGUCCGGUCCAUCAGGCCGAAGACACCACAUGAGCAGGAGGAGCAACAAGCAAAGCAUGAGGAGAUGGAAUGGUUACAAAGGAUCCUGAAGGAGCACCCAGCCUUCAGGAAAAUCCCAGAAGAUCUGAGGAAGAAGAUCCUCGAACCACCAACAGAUGAUGUUGCCAUGUGUGGCAAUCGAAGACAGAGGAAGAAGUGGGCUAAAGAAGGCCUCAUUCUGCAUCUUUAUGCAGGUGAAGACGAAGGGUACACGUUCAGACGUGCCUUUCAUGAAGUGGGGGGAGACAAGAGUUUGGUCCUCGAGGUGGACUGUCUCCGAGACCCCAAGUGGGACAUGCUGCCUCAAGGCAAAGCAUUCCCGGCGCUGUUGCGCUUGGCACUCAAAGGUUGGCUGAAGAUGGUCAUGGGUGGACCCAACUGCCGUACAAGGAGCGUCUUGCGGCACAGGCCUCUCGGUGAAAAGGAGUGGGGACCAAGACCCCUGAGGAGUUGGCAUGAAGACCAGGAAUGGGGGAGGAAAGAUCUCACCGAAAAGGAGAGGCAGAGGGUCGAAGAAGAUGACAUCCUGAUGCUCAGGAUGAUCAUGCUGUUUAUCGUGGCGGAAGAAGUCCGGAAGGUGAACGGUGUGAAGACACCCACUCAGUUCGCCAUCGAACAGCCAGCGGUGCCAAAAGAAGAGGAGGUGGUAAGUUGGUGGAAGACUGGGAUCUGGAAGAUGAUGGUGAAGAUUUAUGGCUUCAAGGAGUCCACCUUCGACCAAUGGAUCCCAGGAGGAAAGAAGAGGGAGGUUGAAGGAAAGACCCCAGAAGAGCUGCUGAAGGAAUCAAGGCAGUUGGCCCGAUGGGCGCCUGGCAUGAUGAGAGCCCUGGCAGAGCAGGUGGUGGAAAAGGUCUGCGGCAGAAAGCCCAAGAUGAGACCACUCAGCUGGGACGAGCACGUCCGCGCAAACCACACACCCUUCAGAAGGGAUUGCCGCAUUUGCCAAGAAGCCAUGGCAAAAGCAUCACCACACCGCAAAGCAGGACAUGCCAGAGCAGGGGUGCUCUCUCUAGACCUGUCUGGACCCUUCAAGAGGGCCAAAGACAUUCUCAAAGGAACUCACGCCAAGUUCCUGCUGGUCGGGGUCUACACGUGGAUUGAUCCACGACCCGGUGGCCACCCUGCCCCGGAUGAAGAGGAGGUGGAAGUGCCAGACGAAGCACCAGACCUUGAAGAAGGGGAUGGGGAGGUGGAUCCAGAGAAGAGACCCAGAGGACGGCCAAGAAAGGAUGACCUGGCGAUGAGAAAAGAAGAAGAAGAAAGAAAGAAGUGGAAAGAAGAAGGAGAUGCCGAGAGAGCGGCAGAAGAGGCCCAGAGGCCACAGAGAGGAGAGCCCAUAGAGGGUGGAAUCUUCAAUGACACAGAUGAAGAAGACGCUGGCAGGGUGAGAGAGCCCGAAGCAGCACAAGAAGACGCUGGCAGGGUGAGAGAGCCCGAAGCAGCACAAGCAGAUGCAGGCAGGGCGAGAGAGCCCGAAGCAGCACAAGAAGACACACACAAGCAGCCAAAGCCAACAGAUGGCGAAGAAGAAGAAGAAGACGAUGGCGGGGUGAAGAUCCGAUAUUGCCGGAUGGUCCUACCCAUAGCGACGAAGCUCGCUGAGGACAUUGUAAGAGCAGUGCAGCUCUUCUACCUCCGCUUGAGGUCUGAAGGUUUUGUGGUGAAUCAGAUUCACACCGACAGAGGUGGUGAGUUUGACAACGUGAAGUUCCAGAAGUGGUGGGAAGCCAGAGCGAUCUUGAAGACAUGGACGCCUGGAGAUGACCCCCAAUGUAAUGGCCGAUGCGAAAGGGCCGUCCAAGAAGUCAAAGCCAAGAUCAGGGUCAUGCUCCUACAAGCAGGCCUUGGGGUUGACCAUUGGCCGCUGGCCGCAAGACACCUGAACGAAGCAUUACAAGUGGCCCGCCAAGACAAGAAGAUCACUUGGCCGCCAUUCUUUGCCAAGGUGCUGGUGAGGACGGUGAUGAAGAACGUCCAGGAGCCCAUCACCGAUGAGAAGUGGAUUGCAUUGGAGAAUGAGACCAAUCCAGUCCAGGUGAGAAGAAGGCUAAGAAGCAAGAUGACAGUCCGGCAGCUGAAGGCUCCCAAAGAAGAGGAAGAGGAGGAGGAAAGACGCGUGAAGAUGAGGAGGAUCCAAGAAGUGAUCCGAGAUGAGAUGGGCAGAGUCAUGGAAGAUGACGAAGCCAAUGUCCACAUCACCAUGAAGGAGCUCUGGAAGUUGAGGAAGUUUUCAGAGGAGGAAGCUCCAGAUGAAGUGCUCCAAACGAAGGUGGUGGGGAUGCAAGAAGUCAGAAGGGACUUCCCCAAAUGGAAGGAAGCGGUGGAGAAUGAGAUCAGGUCUCUGUUUGAGACGAAGGGUGCUCUCAGGAAGGUUUCGCCAGAGGAGAUGGAGGAGAGGAAGAAGAAGGGCGAGUUGGACAUCAUUCCGUCCAAGCUCGUAUGCACCUUGAAGCCUGAUCCCACCAAUCCAAAGGGGAAAAGAAAAGUCCGAAUUGUUGCCUGCGGCAACUUUGUGACGGCUGAAGGAGCUGACAAGAAUGAGCUCUUUGCGUCAGGCUCAGACGCCAUAGCCGUGCGGCUGGCUGUAGAUGAAGCAGCCAAAAGAGGAUGGUCCGGGAAGUCAAUGGACAUCCGAACGGCGGUCCUGAAUGCGCCGAUGGAGCUUGAUGAGGAGGCAGAAGAAAGGAAGCUGAAGGAGAAGGAAGAAGGAAAAGGGCCAGAGGCGGAACUGGGGGAGAUAGUGGAAGGAUUGGUGCUGGGAGACUCAAUUCGAGUCGUGGUGGAGGAGAUCAAAGAAGAUGAGGAGAAGAUGCUCCGCUGCACAGCACUCACAGACAAUCAGGCAGCGACCAGCAUCCUGUCUGACCCCCAUGGCAGUUGGAGGGCGAGAUACCUCCGAAUGAAGGCCAAGAAUGUGAGAUGGAGGAUUGAGAAGGCAGACUGGAUGGUGAUCCACGUCCCAGGGGCACAGAUGCCUUCUGACAUGGGGACGAAAGCCCUCUCAGCCCAGAGGUUUGAACUCCUGAAGAAGCUGGCAGGCAUGGCAGGACUGCCAAAGAAGGAGAAAGCUGAAGCCAAAGCUGAAGCCCAAGCCAAAGCUGAAGCUAAAGCCCAAGCCAAAGCUGAAGCCAAAGCUGAAGCCAAAGCUGAGGAGACAGAGGAGAAGACACAAGGGGCGAAGACGAUGAAGGUCAAGGCCCAGACAGAGGAGAAGCUCAAAGAAGGAGCGAAGAUCCUGCAGAUGAUCAUGCUGAUCUCUCAGCUGACGCAGACAGAAGCACAGCCAGGAGAUGAAGAAAGAAGGCCAUAUGGUCCUGACUGGAUCUUCCUGGUGCUGCUGGCAUUUGCAGCACUAGGCCUGGUGGCGUGCAUUCGCUGCACGGUGUUCUUCGUGCAGUGGCUGAUGGUGAGGAUCCGCCUAGCAGAGGCGAAAGACCGCAUCCGAGCACGGCAUGCGAGGGAUGUGGAGAGACAGCAGCAGAAGGAUGAAGAAGAAGAAAGAGAGGAGGAAGAAGCGCUGUGGCGAAGAGUGGCAGAAGCCAGGAGUAGCCACGCCGCUGAAGCGAAAGCCCAGCCAAAGAGGCGAGCAGCCAAGGCGAAGAUGAAGCCGAAGGCGAAAGCGAGGGCAGCAGAAGAAGAAGAAGAGGAAGAAGCCCGAAGAGAUCGGGAAGAGCUGCGACAGAGGUCUAUGGCAUGUGACCUGGGGUUUAGCCGUGGAGCAGCCAGCUCCGCUACCAGCAGCAUGCCGCUGUUGGGUGGUGGGAUGAUGAUGGAGGUCGAGCUCGACCCCAACGAAGAGCCGGCCAACGUGGUGGGAAAGGGUGACCUGAUGGCCGCCAAAGGAAAAGGGAAAGGAAGCCGAGAUGAUGGUGGAGGUGGAAAAGGAAAGAAGGGCGGCGAUGAGGGGUUUAGGAACCGGGCCUUUAAGGAGAUUACCUUGAAGUCUGACAAGACUGCCCGAGUACAAAGGCUAAACCAUCGGCGAAAGCAGAUGUACAAGGGCAAUGGCGGCGCGGGGCUUGGCCGUGAGGUGGUUGCGACCAUUACGCGCCAGCAAGGCAGUAUGAAAAAAACACAGCAGGUGCUUGAACGGUUCGUUCAGACAUCGUUCAGACCGUGGAAGGUUCGUUCGAGGUCGAUCAGAGCCGAGCCUGAGCUGAAAGACUCUGAAAGUCGACCGACCAAAGGCCUGGCCUGCUGUGCAAUGUCAAUGCCUGGCCACAAGCGACAUGUCACAGGAAUGGCAGCCAGCCAAGAUGAGCUGAAGAAACAGGUUGGCUACAAAGCGGUGGACGACUAUGUGAAGAGUGGCAUGGUCAUUGGCUUGGGGACCGGCUCCACGGCGUACUUCGCCGUGGAGCGCGUUGGUCAAAAGUUACGAUCGGGUGAGUUGAAGGAUGUCGUGGCUGUGCCAACCUCCAAGCGAACCCAGGAGCAAGCGGAGAAGCUUGGGAUCAAGUUGGCGACGUUGGACACGCAACCGAAGCUGGAUGUGGCAAUUGAUGGCGCAGAUUCGGUGGACAAGUCACUGAACCUCGUGUGCCACAGCCAUGUUAAGCGGGGCGAUCCAGGAUCGACGCUGGCAGGUUGA